AUGACUCAGGUUUACCAGGAGGAAUGCUUUGAUUUGCAUUCUCGGUUAGAAGGGCUUUUAGCUGAGGAGAGUGCAUAUUGGAGGCAACGGUCUAAGGUGUCUUGGCUUACAGGUGGGGAUAGAAACACGAAGUAUUUCCAUUGGAAGGCUUCCAAUCGUAGAGCUAAGAACAGAUUAUUUGGUUUGUUUGAUCACAAUGGGGUCUGGCAGGAUUCUAUGAAAGGAAUGGAAGAGGUUGUCUUGCGUUACUUCACUGGACUGUUUAAGGCAAAUGAUAUUAACUAUAUUCAUAUGCAGAGUGUGGUUGAAUUGGUGCAACCAAAGGUGACUACGGAGAUGAAUGCUAAUUUGUGUGCUCCAUACUCGGCAGCUGAGAUAAAAACUGCUCUCUUUCAGAUGUAUCCUACGAAGGCCCCUGGUCCUGAUGGGAUGCCACCUUUAUUUUUUCAAAAAUAUUGGGAGAUUGUGGGAAGUGAUGUAGUGUCUGCUGUUCAACACUUUUUGCAUACUGGUCAAUUUCUUGGUGAGAUUAACUAUACACAUAUUUGUUUAAUUCCAAAGGUGAAGGAUCUUGUUUCGAGCGCUUUUAUUCCAGGCAGGUUGAUUACAGACAAUACUCUGGUGGCAAAUGAGGUGUCUCAUUUUAUCCAUAACUGUUACUCUAGCUCAGAGGGUGUUUUUUCUUUGAAGUUGGAUAUGAGCAAAGCAUAUGAUCGGAUGGAAUGGAGUUUUCUAGAAGCGAUGCUGUACAGGUUAGGCUUUGAUGAGAAUUGGAUUGGAGUUAUCAUGAAAUGUGUCACUACUGUGAGGUACUCUUUUUUGAUUAAUGGCCAACCAAGAGGUUAUCUAACUCCUACCAGAGGACUCCGGCAAGGGGACCCCUUGUCACCAUAUUUAUUUUUACUAUGUGCUGAGGUUUUCUCUGCUCUACUGGCACGUAAAGUUACUCAUGGUGAGCUACAGGGGAUCAAAAUUUGUGAGGGUGCUCCGGUAAUUCACCAUCUUCUCUUUGCUGAUGAUAGUCUUGUUUUUGGGAAGGCCACUCUAAGUGAAUGUCAGCAUAUACAAUCUGUUUUGAAUGCUUAUGAGUUGGCAUCUGGUCAACAAAUUAACUUUGCUAAGAGUAGCAUUGUGUUCAGCAAGAGAGUUCCUGAGGCUGAUAAGCUUUCUUUGGCAAGUUUUUUGGGUGUGGCCAUUGAAGUCAAGCAUGAGAAAUAUCUGGGACUUCCUACUUACUUGGGGAGGAAUCGGACUGAAACUUUUGCUUAUAUAAAAGAACGCUUGAGUAAGAAACUAGCUGGUUGGCAAGGUAAGCUCUUGAGUGGAGCUGGCAAAGAUUUGUUGGUUAGGGUGGUAGCGCAAGCUCUACCAUCCUAUGCUAUGAGUUGUUUUUUACUUCCAAAUAAUUUUUGUGAUGAUCUACAUCAAAUGUGCUCUAAGUUUUGGUGGGGCAGCAAACCUAAUGAAAGAAAAAUUCAUUGGAUGUCAUGGGAGCGUCUUUGUCGCUCCAAAGAGGAGGGUGGAAUGGGUUUCAGAGAUUUGCAUGCUCAUAAUUUAGCCUUGCUUGCCAAGCAAGGAUGGAGACUGAUACGGUAUCCGGGUUCUUUGGUGAGUCGGUUAUUUAAAGCUCGUUAUUUUCCACACUCUUCUUUUUUAAAUGCUACUACACCUACUCAUUCUUCUUCUUGCUGGAGAGGAAUAUUUGUUGCUAAAUCAGUGUUACAAGCCGGUCUUAGAUGGCAGGUUGGAAACGGUACUUCCAUUCGGAUUUGGGAUGAUCCUUGGAUUCCAAGGCCGAAUUUGUUUCGUUCAAUAAGGUAUGGUCCCUCUCCUCUGGUGUUAGUUAGCGAUCUGAUGGUGGAUGGUCAUUGGAACAAAGAGCUUAUUUUUGAAAAUUUUCAUGCGGAUGAAGCUUUACUAAUUUGCUCCAUUCCGCUUAGUAGAAGCAUUGUUCCGGAUAGACUAAUUUGGCAUUUUGAUAUGAAAGGUCUGUUUACUACAAAGAUUGCAUAUAAAAUUGCCUUUGCUUCACUACAUCCGGUGCUCACUAGUGGCUCUUCCUCUAAUUCCAAUCCGAGUCAUUGGAAGUUUAUUUGGGCAGCUCCUAUCCCUGGAAAGGUUAAGGUACAUGUUUGGAAAGUUUGUGCUUCUAUACUCCCAACUGCUUCUCAACUCAGAAGUAGAAGAGUCCCAGUUGAGGAUGGUUGUUUGUUCUGUAACUCGGAAGAGGAGACCCUAUCUCAUGUUAGUAGAGAGUGUUGUUUUACGCGUGAUGUCAUUGGGUUGGCACCAGAUUUGCUUCCGGUUUUGCAUACUCCACCUAGCUCUUUGCUAGAUUGGCUUGCUCUAUGUUAUACUCUAGUCACACCUCGUGCUUUUGCUUUUUUGCUGAUGUUGUUAUGGGGAGUGUGGAAAGAGAAAAACCAACGACUUUGGGUUGGGAAGGGAAGGACUGUGCAGCAGGUCUUUUGUCAUACUACUUCUAUAUUGCAUUCAUAUGUGGUAGCCAGACAUAGUGUGACACCUAGAUUGGGGAGGCAGGUUAAGCCGUGGAGUCCUCCUCCUGCAGGUUGGCUUAAGGUGAAUAUCGAUGGUGCCUUUGAUCAAGGCACACGUCGGGGAGGGUUAGGGAUAGUAGUACGAGAUGCAGAUAGCACGGUGGUGGCAGGUGCUUGCGGUCAGUGUUCUGAUGUGUUGCAGCCACUAGUGGUGGAGGCCUUGGCAAGCAGAUUAGCUUGCAAGCUAGUGGAGGAGAAUUCUCUAGCUCCAGUUAUUUUUGAAUCAGACUGCCUGCAGUUGGUUCAAGCUAUCCAAACUGAUGGAGAUGAUACCUCGCAGUUGGGUAGAAUUGUUGAUGACAUUUCUUUGUCUAUUUCUUAUUUAGCUGGUUCUUUUUUCUCUCAUGUGUAUAGAGAAUCAAAUAUGCUAGCUCACAAGCUAGCUAAGUAUGCUUUGGUUUCAGGAUUGCAGAUUUCUUGGAGUGGGCAUGUCCCUCCUGGAGGGUUAGGAGGGAUUGAGCGGCGGUUGAUGGGGGUGGAACCGUUUGGGGUUUGUGGGAUCCAGGUACUUGCAGGUGGUCUGGUAGCAAGGGAUUAUGCAGACAGCAGGAUUCACGGUGGGGCUGGUCAUGGGCUUCUAGGUUCAGUGAUCGGUGCUGAUUGUGUAAAUGGAUCCGGGUUUGGGAUCGGGCUUUUUGGGGGCUACGACGGCAACGACUUGGCGGUCGGCGAUGGCUAUAGUAGUAAGGCAGCUUCUUUUAAUAAAAGUCACGGGGUAAAGUGUGACAGCGUCGGUACCCUGUUCGUCGGCAGCAGGAACCGGAUCCUAGAUCCGGGUGGGCUAGACAAACGGAGCCAGAUCUGGGAUCCGGGUGGAAGUUGGGUUUGA